UCUGUGUUUCUCAGAACCCCAAAGCAAAGAAGCACAUUCAUUGCUUCUUCCCUCCUCUCUCUCUCUCUCUCUCUCUCUCUAUGUGAUAUCUUCUCUGGUCAAAUGAUGAUCCAAUUUGUCAAAGUUUCCUGCAGAUGGGACAGGGCCAGACGCGAGUUACAUUAAAUGCAUGCACGGCUUGAGAACCUCUGAUAGUCCGUCCACGUCCACAAGUUCCAUAAUCUUCCAUGGCCAUUCUUUAAUCGUCUGUAGUUAGAAUAAAUAAAGUCUCGUCUUGUCACCCGCUACAUUACUUGCUCACUUCCUGCGCAAUCCUCCAGUUUCAACUUUUGUUUGGACGAGCAUUUGGAGAGAUGGGUAGGAGUCCAUGUUGCGAGAGGAAGGACUUGAAGAAAGGGCCAUGGACUCCCGAAGAAGAUCAGAUUCUAAUCGAUUACAUCAGCAAGAACGGCCAUGGAAGCUGGCGUGUUCUUCCUAAGCUUGCAGGUCUUCUCCGGUGCGGAAAGAGUUGCCGGCUCAGGUGGACAAACUAUCUGAGGCCGGACAUUAAGCGCGGCUCCUUUUCUCUCCAGGAGGAAAAGCUUGUCAUACAGCUCCAUGGGAUUCUCGGAAACAGGUGGGCAGCAAUUGCGGCUCAGUUACCUGGACGAACCGACAAUGAGAUCAAGAACUUAUGGAACACCCACCUGAAGAAGCGUCUGCUCUCCACGGGUCUCAACCCGCUAACCCAGGAUCCAUUCAGCCCUCAAGGGUCCAUGACAAAGUUGCCUGCAUCGUCUAUUACUCGACAUAUGGCUCAGUGGGAAAGCGCGAGGCUCGAAGCUGAGGCCAGGCUCUCCAGGGAGACGUUGUUGCUUAAUACACUGCCACUGCAACAAAAAACUGAUGGAGACUAUUUCUUGCGUGUCUGGAAUUCUGAAGUUGGAGAGUCAUUUCGAAGCAUCAAUAGAAGAAGCAAAAGUGCGAGCCUCAGCGCGGUUUCUCAAGCUUCUUCCUGUGCUGAAUGUGAAACAAGCUCAGUUGCCACCAUAGAGAUUGGCACCACAUAUCUUGGAGCAGAUGCAGAUUCAACACCAAAUGAUCAUGAUAACGAUGCAGAUGGAAAGAGCAGCGGGGCAGAGUAUGAAGCCCUGGCUACAUCUGAAUACUCUGGCUCUAGUGAGUUCGACAGUUCGACAGUCACUGCACUAGAGAUGCUAUUUGAUUUCCCAAUCGACAAUGACAUGAGCUUCUUAGAAGGAAGUGCUUAAUAGACCGCAUGUCUCGUUCUACUUCCCAAGAACCAAACCUCCAUGAUCGUUCCCUGGUGAAGCAUGUCUGAAUUAUAUAUUCUGAAUCUGAAGCCUCAUUAGUUGAAAGUUUAAUCUGAUUUUGGCAUCCAAAUUAGGAAAGCAAAGAAUCAUCUAUCAUGUAUAUUUGAUGUAGUAAGCUUCUUUUCGAAGAGCUGAUCUGCUGGUUCUUUAUGCAAGUUGCAGUGGGCCCCAUUUUUAUAUUGCAGAUGUGAGCUUGCUUGCACAAUUCUGCUUAGUACAGAUUAGGGUCUCUGUAUAUCUUUUUCUAUUUGAGCCAGACAGAUUAAAGUCUUGUUGAAGUUGGUUCAA